AUGGACGACUACCUGUCUGACACCCCACUGACAGUACGGGGCCAGCAGGACGCCAAGGCGCUUGGAUCGCGCCUGAAAGAGUUGCACAACGCCACGUCCAUUUACGUCUCUCCUCUUUACCGAUGUUUGGAAACAGCGCGAAUGAUUGCAGAGGGCGCUGGCUUGCAUGACCUUGAGCUGAAAGUGGAGCCCGGUCUAAUGGAGUGGACUGUGACUUCCGGAGGAAAACCACCAACAGUCCUCCUCUCCCACCAGGAACUCGUCGUUGCAGGAUUCAAAAUCAGCCGGGAAUACAAACCCUCAAUGAAAGCCACUGACAUCAACGACAGAGAGACUACGAGAGACUACUCCCGGAGGUCGGAAGUCACUUUCAAGCACUGCCUGAGAGAUCAUGAGCUGACGACAGGAGAGGGGACAAUGUUGGUGGUUGCCCACCAGCUGACGGUGCUGACUCUCUCCAUAAGUCUAGUCGACUCAAGAAUCCCAUUCGUCUUGGAACUCCUCCAGCAUGGUGCCAAGCUACCAUACUUGGGACAUGUGCGGCUGUCGAGAGAUGGCCACUUGUGGGACCAGGAAUUCUUGGUUUUCGCUUCCAAAGGAGAUCGAGAGAAGUACACAGAGGUCUACAGAAAGGUGCAACAGAUGUCGCGACGAAUGGGCUACAAAUACUGGGAUACUGUAGCGUCCUUUGCACUCAACGCCGUGUUCACACGCUUCCCUUCCUUAUUACUCUACUUAGCGAAGGGCAAGACGUGUUGGACACGCCUGAGCUUCCAAGAAGGGUCAUGUUCUUAG